GUGCUACAGCACUGAGGAAAGGGCCAACCACAGAGACACUGUGGCAGGCUACCAGAGUGUCUCUGUGGAGGACCGAGCCUCCAGUUGCCUCAAGGCAUGGUCCCGGACUGUAUCCUGCCUUGCUUUUUUCCACUGCAGUUUCUUUUGACCCCUGGAUAUCCAGGGGUCUAAUUUUGCAUUUAGGGGAAACAUUUUCUCAUUCCUUCACGUGCAUCUUGCAGCGUCUCAAAGGGCUUUAAGAUGCUGCAAGACGUACAUACGUGCUCAUGUGGAUGCACCCAAAGAGCGUAAAGUUUUGACUUAGAUAUCUCUAAUGAAUUUUGAUGAUGCAGAAUAAAGACUGUAUUGCAUAUGAGCUAUUUGGUGAAUACUUAAGAACAAAUAAAUUUGUAAAAAUUUGGAUUACAUGUUUAAAAAUAUAGGGCACGGGGAGAAGUUUGCCACGAAUAUUAUUAUUCUUAAAGAUUCUACUAGCUGGUUUUUUUUUCACUAGAUUGCUUAAGUUGCUUGAUGACUUGGAAGAGAUAAUACUUAGGGUGGGGAAAAAAAAAGUUUGUGUGCAUGCAAUAAGCCUUGAUUCAGACACUUUUACUAGUACAGACUAAUCACUGUCCUAACUGCUUUUUAUGAGGUGAACAGAAGAACUAUAAUUAUGAUUGCAUAAGCUUUAAUAACAGAUUACACUGGUACCUAGCAGCAGCAGGAAAUGACAUUUUGUGCUAUAUCCAACAGUAAAAUCAGCCACUUAGCUGUCAUGUUAUUAAUUAUUUCCUUUGUUGAACCUGCAGUCACAGUAAUGGAGGAGAACUCAAAUGCCAGUUUUGAAGAAGAUUUUGAAGGGCAGGCUAUGCAUACAGGGCCCAAAGGGGUGAUCAAUGACUGGAGAAAGUUUAAAUUAGAAAGUGAAGACACAGACCCUUCAGCUCUGAGCAAGAAGGAAAUUCUCAGACAACUGUCUUCACCGCAUAGGUCUUCCAGUAAAGAAGAUAAAGACACCAGAGACAGAUUCAGCCGUAAGAUGAGUAUGCAGGAAUAUGAGCUAAUGCAAGAAGAGAAAGAAGAUGAAAGCUGCCUACAAAAAUAUCGCAAACGAUGCAUGCAGGAUAUGCAUCAGAGGCUCAGCUUUGGGCCCAAAUACGGUUACCUGUGUGAACUGCAAAACGGAGAGGAAUUCCUGGAAGUCAUUGAGAAGGAACGAAAAACCACCACAGUUAUUGUUCACAUUUAUGAAGAUGACAUCAAGGGCUGUGAGGCACUGAACAACAGCUUAAGCUGCCUUGCAACAGAAUAUGCAUCAGUGAGGUUCUGUAGCAUAAGGGCUUCUAAUACGGGAGCUGGAGACCGCUUCUCAAGUGAUGUGCUCCCAACACUGCUUGUCUACAAGGGUGGGGAGCUUUUGAGCAAUUUUAUUAGUGUUACUGAACACUUCAGUGAGGAUUUUUUUGCUGUGGAUGUGGAGUCCUUCUUAAAUGAGUAUGGGCUGCUUCCUGAAAGGGAACUCCCAGCACUUGAAAAUGGCAACAUGGAUGAACAAGAUAUUGAAUAAUUAGGGUAGGGGUUGUCAACCGGGGGUAUGCCUACCUCCAGGGAUACUUAGAAAGGCCGUAGGGGGUACGUGCAGGCAGGUGGGGAUGGAGUGUGCCACGGGGCAUGGCGGUGGCAUCUCCUCCAGUGUGUUCCCACAGCUUGCCUCUUACCUACGGGAGGGGCAAGGAGAGAGGGAGGAGCAUGCCAGGUGCCACUGGCCCCACACAGCAGCACCUCCCCACCACCUCAGCUUCCUUUCCUCCACCCCUUCCUGGACAGCAGCGAGGGUUUGAAUGGCCGGGGUGGGGGGAGGGAGUGUACUCCUAUUCCUGCUCCCAGGAGCAGGGCCAGGGGUGGUGAGGGCAGUGGUCCCCCACUGUGGGCCGCAUAGGCGCAGGGUGGACAGCCAGACUGGGGGGCUCACAUGCAGUGGCUGCUGCUGUUGUCACCACCCACUGCUCUGUGCUGCCACUGUGCCUGCGCCGCUUUCCCACGGCCGGUCACACAUGCAGCUCCAUGGGCUGCUGAUGGGUAGCGCGUGAUUGGCCAGGUGCAAGGCCCAUCAGCAGCCUGUGGUGAAAAGCGGUGCGGGUUUAGCAGUGGUAGUGAGUGGUAAUGACAGUGGCAGCAGUGUGGGUCAGUGAGUGGUGGUGGCAGUGGCGGCCACCAUGUACGAGGCCCUCCCAUUCACCCCUCCCUCCCAGCGCUGCCUCUACGCACACCCCUGGGAGGGUAUGUGCCCCUAG